GCCCUCCUUAUACUGUAGGAGAGGAGCACCUCUAAAUUUUGACCCCAGAUAGUUUUGGUUUUAAAAACCUUAGACCUAGUUACGAAAUUUUAUAUUCUAAAAAAAUACAGAUCAACUCGGAGGUACAGGGCGUAGAGAGAGAAGGGGGGUUUGGAGCUUUGAGAAAAUGGUGGAGGCGAACGGAGGGGCAGUGGAAGCCCUUUCUCCCACUAAAAGAAGGGCUCUUGUAUCCGUUCUCUGCAACCGCCUCUCUCUAGACCAGCUAGAAUUGGAUGGCAAUGAUGUUAAAACUUUAUUCUCAAAUAUUUUGGAGUUACUCAAGAAAAAGGCAUCACCCGAAGGAACAGAAGAGGUGGCUUUUCCAGUUUCAGUGAAGAAAUGGAUAGAAUUUGGAUGUAGGUUUCUUGAUGAAACUCAGUCUCGCCAUAAGAUGCUAAAGGACUAUAAUGAAGAGAUGGCCCAACGAUCGGUUAUUCUUGGAGAUGGAUUAAAACCUUCAGAUGUGGAUGUUGUAGUGUUUUGUGCCCUACAUUCUUAUAUGAUUGGACUUUCUUCAUCGGAGAUGAUGAAGUUCCCAAAUGUCGUGAGAUGGAUGGAUUACAUUCAGUGCAAGGAAGAUUUUGGUGAGGCAUUUGAAAAAAUUAAGUUGGCGAGGACUGGAUUCCAACCCCAUUACUCACGUGGUGGAGAUAGAUUAGAAGUGGAUCGAAGUGCAAAGAAAUGUGACCCUGAGGAAAAGGAACCAGGUAGGAAGACAGAUGCAGAGGACAAGAAAAAAACUCUUUCUGAGGGAAAGAAGAAAUCCCAGGAGAAAGAGCCAGUUGAAAAGGAGAAGAAGAAAACCCAAGAGAGAGAGCAAGUUGAAAAGGAUUUGGACGUCAAUAUUACAGCUCUCAAUAUUCAAGUUGGCCUGAUUCGCAAGGCUUGGAGGCAUCCAGGUGCUGAUAGUUUGCUUGUUGAGGAGAUAGACAUGGGAGAUGGGAGUUUGCGUCAGGUUGUCAGUGGGCUUGCAAAAUAUUACAGUCCCGAAGACUUGCUGAAUCGCUAUGUAUUGGUUGUCACAAAUGUGAAGCCGGGGAAGUUGCGAGAUGUGAUGUCUUCAGGGCUGGUCUUAUGUGCAUCAAAUGAGGACCAUAAUAUUGUAGAACCUUUGCUUCUGCCAAAAGAGGCUAAAAUUGGCGACCGGGUUUCUUUUGCUGGGUAUGAAGGGAAGCCAGAAGAUGUCCUAAAUCCUAAAAAGAAGCAAUUGGAGAAGAUCACACCGCAUCUAUAUACUGAUGGCAAGGGCAUAGCAACAUUCAAGGGAGUCCCAUUCAUGACGUCGGCAGGGCCCUGCACAUCAUCCCUUGUCAAUGCAACCAUCAAGUGAGAGAAAAAUUUUGUUUAUUAUAAAUCAGAAUAUGUUGUCAGGGCCAUGCACAUCAUCCCUUGUCAAUGCAGCCAUCAAGUGAGAGAAAAACUUUGUUUAUUAUCAAUCAGAAUACGUUCUUGUUGACUUACAUACCUAUUGUUUAGUGGCUCAUGGGAUACUUGAUAUCAAUUUUGUGGUGGGCAAUCAGGAAUUAUCUUAGAAUGGAUCA